CUUCAGGACUAUGUAUAGAUGACCAUCCUAAAUCUGAAGAGAACUUGUCCUUGAGUGAGAAGGUGGAUCUGAAGUCCAUGAUAUCAGUCCUUGAUGGACAGAUGCCAGCCCUGAAUAACGUAAUGACCAUGUCUCUGAGCCCUCAACAUGAGCAAAAUAGAGAUGAUUUGAGGGAACAGGUAACCACCUUACAAAGAAAAAAAUUUAACCCUGAAAGGUCUUGCCAGAACUUUAGAUGUUUUCUAUACCCAGAGAAAGCUGGACCCCGUGAGGCUGUGAACCAACUCAGGGAACUCUGCCUUCAGUGGCUGAGGCCAGAGAUUCACACAAAGGAGCAGAUCCUGGAGCUGCUGGUACUGGAACAAUUCCUGACCAUCUUGCCCAGUGAGAUCCGGAUUUGGGUGAAGUCACAGCAUCCGGAGAACAUUGAGGAGGCAGUCACCUUGGUGGAGGAUUUGACUCAAAUGCUUAAGGAGGAAGCUCCGAUUUCUCAGGAUUCUUCUGUUCUCCAAGAGGGAAGCACAGAGAAGGCAGGAAUAUCUUCUGUGUUACCAAUAGCCAGAUUUCAGGAAACCGUCACAUUCCAGGAUGUGGCUCCAGACUUCACUUGGGAAGAGUGGGCACAAUUGGACCCUGGUCAGCAGGACCUCUGUAGGGAUGUGCUGAUGGAAAACUAUAGCAACUUGGCCUUUGUUGGACUUUCAAAUUCUAAAUCAGAUGUGAUCUCCCAGUUGGAGCAUGGAGAAAUGCCAUGGUUGCCGAGGAGUGAAGCCCCAAGAGGUGUCUGUCCAGACAAGGACAUUGAACCUGAAGCCAAAGAAUCAGAUCCAAAGGGGGAAUGUUCUGUGGAAGAAUCAUCUCAGGAGACAAUAAUGGAAAAAACUACAGAGCAUAGUUCCUUGGAUCCUGAAAUGGGCAAUGAAACCAUUGAAUAUCAUGGCUCACUAGAAAGGCAGCAGGACCACCAGGAAACACAUUUGAAACAAAUAAUAAUCACACAUGAAGAAACUGUAAAUAAAGCAGGAGACUCUGUAAUUAAUCAGUUUAGGGGAUGCUUUAUUCUAAGGUCAACCCUAAUUACACAGCAGAAAGAAAACGGUCUUUAUAAUAAUGAUACAUGUGGAAAGACCUUCAAAGAUAAUUCAAAACCAAAUAAAUGUCAAAGAAUGUACAUAGGGAAGUAUAGAUUAAAAUAUAAAGAAUUUGGGAAAGCCUGUAACCAGAUUUCACAGCGUAAUGUGCAUCAUACCAAUGAUUCUGGAGAGAACUACCAUAUGUACAAUGAAUGUGGGAAAGCCUACAAAAAGUGGGCGAACCUUACUGAACAUCAUAGAAUUCUUCCUAGAGAGGAACCUUAUAAAUGUAAUAAAUGUGGGAAGGUUUUCAGUCACAUUUCACAGUUUAAUCUUCAUAAUGCUAAUCAUUCUGGAGAGAAAUUCCAUAAGUGUAAUGAAUGCGGGAAAACCUAUGACAAACAGGCAGACCUUAUUGAACAUCAGCAAAUUCAUUUUGGAGAGAAACCUUAUAAAUGUAAUGAAUGUGGCAGAGGCUUCACCCAGAUGGCACAUCUUAUUCAACAUCAGUUCACUCAUAGUGGAGAUAAACUAUUUAAGUGUUAUGAAUGUGGAAAUGCCUUUAUCCAGAGUUCACAGCUUAAUAUUCAUCAAGUAAUUCAUUUUGGAAAGAAAUUCUAUACAUGUAAUUAUUGUGGGAAAAUCUUCAGCUUGAGGACAAACCUUUCUCAACAUCUGAAAAUUCAUUCUGGAGAGAAAGCCCAUAAAUGUAAUGAAUGUGGGAAAGCCUUUUCUCUAAAAACAAACCUUUCUCGACAUCAGAAAAUUCAUUCUGUAGAGAAAUUCUAUAAGUGUAAUGAUUGUGAAAAGGUCUUCACUAUGAAGACACAACUUUCUCAACAUCAAGUCAGUCACCUUGGAGAAGAAUUCUUUAAACCUAAUGGUUUUAGAAAAGUUAUCUCCCAGAAGCCAGACCUUCCUCAACAUCAAAAAAUUCAUCCUGGAGAGAAAUCCUAUAAAUGUAAUGAUUGUGGGAUAGUCUUUACCCAGAAGGCUUAUCUGACUGAACAUCAGAGAAUUCAUUCUGGAAAGAAACCGUAUACAUGUAAUGAUUGUGGGAAAGCCUUUACCUAUAGGGCAAAUCUUACUCAACAUCAGAAAAUUCAUUCUGGAGAGAAACCUUAUAUAUGUAAUGUUUGUGAGAAAGCUUUUAACCUAAAGACAAACCUUUCUAGGCAUCAGAAAAUUCAUUUUGUAGAGAAAUCUUACAAAUGUAGUGAAUGUGAUCAAGUCUUCACUAAGAGGACAUGCCUUACUAAACAUCAGAGAAUUCAUUCUGGAAAGAAAUCCUAUAAAUGUAUUGAAUGUGGGAAAGCUUUUAGUGUGAGGACACACUUUACUCAACAUCAGUGUGGUGGAGCAAAACCAUUUAAGUGUAAGGAAUGUGGAAAAUCCUUUGCCCAGCAGAAAAGACUUGCUAGACAUCAGAGAAUUCAUUCUGGAACAAAAUCUUGUAAAUAUAGUGAGUGUGGGAAAGCCUUCACCCCUCGGACAAGCCUUACCCAACAUCAGAGAAUUCAUUCUGGAGAGAAAUCCUACAAAUGUGUUGAAUGUGGGAAAGCUUUUAGCCGGAAGACACAACUUAUUCACCACCAACUUAGUUAUAAUGGAGUCAAAUCACUUUAAGUGUAAGGUAUAUGGAAAAAGCUUUACCCAGAGCACUUGUUAUUCCACAUAAGAGGAAUGCUUUGUACAUCAUAGGCAUUUAAUGAAUAUUUGUGAAUUACAAAUUACAAAUGAAGUAAGUUAAAACACUUUGCUGAAAACUAACUAGUCUCAUGUCUACAGCAUUUCUUUGUUCUGCUGUGCAAGUGAAAUGUCAUUGCUCUUGUGGCAUCUUUAUUUGCUUGUCCACUUUGCUGGUAAUUAAUAAAUUGUUAACACGUGUUGUUGCUAUUAUUA